CGUGCAGGCAGCUGAGGACAGACCGACGUACUCCAAAAUGGCGAACAGCAGAAAGGACGUAGAAGAGGAGAUUUACGACAAGGUCGUGGACCUGACAGAAUAUGCCAAACGUCAGCGAUGGUGGAACCGUCUUUUCGGAACCAACUCCGGGCCAGUAGCAGAGAAAUACUCCGUGGCCACACAGAUAGCCAUAGGAGGAGCGAGCGGAUGGUGUGCAGGAUAUCUCUUCCAGAAGGUUGGGAAAGUUGCUGCUACAGCCGUAGGGGGCGGUCUUCUGCUGUUGCAGAUAGCUAACAAUAGUGGCUACAUCCAAGUGGACUGGAAGAGAGUAGAGAAGGAUGUCAACAAAGCGAAGAAGCAGUUAAAGAAGAGCACCAAUCAAGCAGGCCCAGAGCUAAACACAUUUGUUGAGAAGUCCACAGAGUUUGUGAAGAAAAACAUUGUUGUCACAAGUGGUUUCAUUGGAGGAUUCCUGCUUGGCCUGGCGUCUUAGGGCAGAAGCGUCUCUUUUUCUUCGAUGUCAUGAUGAGCUGUAGGUAAAAAGUGUAAAUCAUUGCUGAAUGGUUUUAAGUGUUUUGACAGCAAGAAACCUAUUUCAGAUUAGCUUGUGGCUAUGUGUCUUUACAUAAGCUGCACAUCUACUACUUCAAUACUGUACCUCCAUGUGACAAGUAAAUACGAUUGUGGGACAUCUGGUUAGACCUGAAUGGCCUUCGUAAACCACUCCACUUUCCAGGCCAAAUAAUGACGCAUAUGAUGCAAAAUUAAUUAAGUUUAUCAGAAUGUUGUAAUUUUUAUGUAUUUAUUUUUACCACACCGACAUUGUACUAGAGGGAAAAAUUAUGCACUGUUGUGCACAAUGGAGCCAAACACAGUGCAGCCAAGUGCAAGUAGAUACAAAUUCACCUUCACACGGCAGAUGGUGCCCAUAGGAAUCUAUCAAUACCAGUGUUGUGUUUUCAACUCCAGACUUCAUAAUCAAUCAUGUUCAGGAUUAAAACUGGAAUUUCAUUCUGAAGUGCUGAUGGAUAUGAGAUUGUUAUGCCUUUUUAGAGGUGCUCCAUGUUUGAUGGGUUAUGUUAGCCUCCCCUGCAUCUCUGUUUUUUUUAAUGUAUUUUGUUUAGCCAUAAACGUAUGCAUGAGGUUCUGAAGGCUGUGGUUUGUGUACUAUAUAUGUUUGAAGAACAAAUAAAAAAAAUUUAAAAAUCA